CAUCGACUCCCAGGACGUGACAAGUGUUUGUGACGUCACAUCCAUGAAGCCGAUCACGUGCCCUACACCAGCCGUCCCAGAGUUCCGUUCGGCAAACGGCCGUUGUAACAACCGGAACCACCCCCUGUGGGGAAGUAGUGAGCAACCCUUAAGAAGGCUGCUACAGCCAGAAUACGGCGACGGUCUCAUGACACCUCGGACCACUGGACAUGACGGCGCCCCCCUCCCCAGCGCGCGGCUGGUCAGCACGACCAUGCACGAGGACCUGCGGAAAUCCAGCCCGGUCAACACCAACAUGGUCAUGCAGUUCGGACAGUUCCUGGACCACGACAUCACUCUCACCCCCAACUUUCAGGAAGAAGGUCUCGUCUGUACCUGUGGUACCAAUUGCGAAAAGGAAGAACGCUGUUUCAACAUCAACAUCCCUUCUGACGACCCUGACUUCGCCGCUGAGAGCCGCUGCUUGCCGUUCGCUCGCUCCCGAUCCUGUCCGAACGAAGGGUGCCACAUGGGCCGCCGGCAGCAGCUGAACCAGAUCACCGCCUUCGUGGACGCCUCCAACGUCUACGGCUCCUCGGACGAAGAGAUAGAGGAACUCAGAGAACACGCUGGUAACGCCAACAAGAAGGAGCUCCUGCCCGCCGCCAUUGCGGAAGAAUUUGAGUGUCACGAGUCUCCAGGGAACGAGACGUGCUCGCAGGCUGGGGACAUCCGUGUGAACGAGCAGCCGGGACUGACCUCCAUGCACACCGUCUUCCUGCGGGAACACAACAGGAUCGCCAGGCGGCUCUCCCGACUCAAUCCGCACUGGGACGACGAUCGGGUGUUCUUCGAGACCAGGAAGAUCGUCGGCGCGCUGAUGCAGAAGAUCACGUACGGGGAGGACCUUCCUCACGUUCUCGGUCCGGCUGCCAUGACCAAGUUUCACCUGACCCUCGGCAAGAGCGGGUUCUUCUCCGGGUACGACGCGAGCGUGAACCCCACCAUCUCUAACGUCUUCGCCACGGCAGCCUACCGGUUCGGCCACAGUCUGGUGAACGAACGUCAGCUCCGCCUUACUCCGGACUUUAACCAAGGCAGCAAGUGCCCGAUUCAGAUAGCCUUUGCUUUCUUCAAUCCAUCCCACGUCCUCAACAACGACCUUGGCGGCCCGGACUCCAUCCUACGGGGACUGACCGCCCAGCCCCAUCAGGACUUCGACCGGUUCAUGGUCUCGAGCCUGACGAGGCAUCUGUUUGCGGAUCCUCCCGGGUCGCUCGGCCUGGACCUGGCGGCGCUGAACAUCCAGCGGGGCAGAGACCACGGUCUGCCCGGCUACAAUGCCUGGAGGGUGAGGUGUGGUCUGCCAAAAGCCGACAGCUUCGAUGAAUUGGUGUUUGAAAUCCCAGACCGUUACACCCGAAUGAGGCUGGAGGAUAUUUACAGCCACGUGGACGACAUCGACGUGUUCGUGGGGGGUCUUGCCGAGGAGUCCGUGCGGGGCGGUGUCGUCGGUCCAACCUUCGCCUGUCUGAUUGGCCUGCAGUUCCAAGACCUCCGCAAGGGGGACCGCUUCUGGUUUGAGAACCGCGGACAGUUUACAGCAGCCCAACUUGCGGAGAUCAGGAAGACCAGUCUGGCCCGGAUUCUGUGCGACAACACGGACGGCACCACACACAUGCAGCCGGACGUCUUCAGCCUGCCCACACAGACUGGGAACGAGAGGGUGGCGUGCUCCUCUCUGUCCCAGAUGGACCUGACCAAGUGGCAGGAGUAG